CGUUUGACUGUUCAUAUGAAAUGUCAAGUCAUUGUAAAACCGGCGAAGACGAAUAAUACGCAAACAUUUCAAAUAAAAACAAUCGAGAGAAGAAAAAACGACUGUAAAAAUGCAGAAAACAUUUGUGUUUGAUGAGAAAAUCAACUUGAAUGGAUAUUCAGUUGUGUUUCCAAGUGUAUGUGUGGGAAAUGUGGCUCAAUUGGCUGUUGAUUUUCUGAUAUCCACAUUAGAAAUGAAAAAGGUUGCCACCGUAUGGCAUACGGCGAUAAUUCCAAUACUAGGUCCACGUGCGUUUGACCACAAAACGGUAUCGGAUGCCUCAUCACCGUCUGCAAACAUAACAACUGCCUGUGAACUAUUUGUUAGUGAAGCAAAACGCUUGGCAUGCUUUCAACUACGAUCGCCGCUCGUGGCAGGCAAAUGUCUAACGGCGUUUUUUGGCGAAUUGAUUGAGCUCCUGAAAGAUCAACAGGUGCAACAAAUCGUCAUUUUAACUGGAAUGUUUUCACACGAGCAACAUGCAAUUGGAACGACGAAAUUCAUGUAUUUGGCUAAUAAUCAAUGUCAAAAAGAAUGCAAGGCGCAGCUUGAAAAUGGCAGUUGGAUCAAAUGGGAUGAAAAUAACAAAAUUAUUCACGGCGGCGGAUUUGCAUUGAAAUUGUACAAACAAAUCGGCGAAUCGGUGUCCAGUUGUAUAUUCUUCAAGUACACAGCAGAAGGUGAUAAUAGAAAUGAUGCAGCUGAAAUGGUUUAUCAUUUGAAUUCACUUCUCGGUGGAAUUUUGGCACAAAGUUCGGACCAAGGUGGCUUUAAAUUGGUGUCGCCAUGUUCGUGGAAUGCCAUGUUCGGCAAUGACCCAACCGAACAAUUAUAUUAAGUGAAUUUGGUUAAUAUUUCUGUUUUUUUUUACAGCUUUUUCGAUUAAUAAAAUUAUGGUGGAACCAAUUUUCAGAUUAUUAUUUUUUUCA